AUGAUACUUCAGUAAUUUAAGAUUUAAGUCAUAAGCGGCUUUAAUUGCUCGGUACUAAAUAAUCAAAAUGGGUUUUUGUUUAUGGACGAAAGUAAAUCAAUAAAUUAAAAAUCGGAUGCCAAAAAUUAUAAAUAGAUUCAACUUUAUGUUUAUUUUUUAUUAUUUAAGAUAAAAGAUCGAAUAAAUGAAAAAGAGAAAUUCAAGAAUAAAUAUAAUAAAGAGCCAUUAGUUAUAUAAUUAUUUGAAUUCCUUUUAAAAAAUCUGAAAUAAAAUUAAGCUUAUUAUUGUAAAGUCAAAUAAUUUUUGAAGAUAAUAAUUUAAGUUAUUUAGGAAUCUAUCUUCAGAUAACUUUUUAUGGAUAAAUAAUAAAUAUACUCUUUUAGAAUUUCAAUAUUAAUGUUAGACUAGGUUGAAAAAAUUUUUAAUGUCAGAAAUUCUAGCAGAUUACUAUUCAUUAAUUAAUACUAGAAUACUUUAUAAAGAUGGAAUUCAAUUGAUUUGAGUUUUUUUUAUAUUUAUCCAUUUUUGUCUGUAUAAAUGCUGCAGAAAAGGAUGAAAGGGAUGUAAAAACUUAAUUAUUUUGAGCAGAUGUAAGAAUUGACAAGUAUCUCAUAAAAUAAUGAUGAUGAAUUGAAUUCUACUUGCUAGUCUAUAUAAGUUCCAGGGUUUAAAAGGCACUUUGGAAACAAUUUGACAUUAUUUCAUAUUUGGGGUGAGCCUUUGAUAACAAUUGGACCACAUUGGCCUUUAACAUUAUGCAUGAUUAUUUCAUUUGGUGGAGCUAGCUAUUUGUUAAUUUACGAGAUAGCCAUUAGAAAAGGACUUUAUGUUUAUUACUUUUCAAUUUUUAUAGCAGCACUAUAAAUGCUUAGUUACUUGAUAACUGCCCUAAAAAAUCCAGGCAUUGUGACUAGUACUAGAGAAUACAAAGGGAUAUUAUAGUGUAUAGUUUGUAAUAAUCCAAGAAAUAUAGGUUCGUUAUAUCAUUGUGAAGAUUGCGAUGUUUGCAUUUCUGGAUUUGAUCAUCAUUGUCCUUGGACAGGAAAAUGUAUAGGAAGAGGAAACAUAGGUUCCUUUUAUAUAUUCGUAACUAUGAUACCGAUAUAUAUUGUAUAUUUCGUCAUAGUUUCCUUAUUAUGA